AAAACCCUAGCAUAUUUGGGAGUAUAUGGGUGCAUUUAUCACGGUUGGAAUGAGCGGAAAGAAGCCAUAGAAAGAUGAUGUAUCGAGAGGAAAGAAGUAACAUGGUGAGUUUGAUGGAAUUUUCUGCUAAGAAAUCAAGCUCUAAGCUGCACAACUUCAGUAGAUCGCUUGGAGGUUCCCGUUAAUGGUUAAUAAGAUCGGAGAAGCAGCCGGAGGGGUUGAGCGAUGAGCUCAACCCCGAUGACGGUGCAGACAUCGGAGGGUCAUCUAGUUCCUCUAGAACCAUCUGUCCGCGUGAUGAUGAUGGUCGAGAUAGGAGAGGAUGUCGGUGCAGGAGCGCGACAAGAUGUUGAGGAUGAAGCAGGAGCUCUUGCAACUCCGACAAUGUGCUAGAAUGGAAGAACUUGUGGGGUUAUGGUCGCUGGAGUGAUGUCGACCGGAUUGCUUGGACUGCUGGAAAAGAAAGAGACGUUUUUGGUGAGGAAUCCAUGGCCGAUGAUGGAUGUAUUGCUGGAAGCUAACGCCUGCGUUGAAGAUGAAGGCCACAGGUGGUUUGGGCUAGCCGUUAUUGGGAUUCAACUCUUUGAUUCAGGUAUUAUGAUGAUCGCGGGAAGGCGAAGGCGUGAUCGUGCACCUCCUUACAUUUUCAUGAUUGAUUAUGGGGAUACUCUGAUGUUUAAAUUAUUUUGAAAGUAAACUGUAAUAACUUAAUGAUUUUAAAUGUUUUAAAAAGUUUUAAAUUGGAUUGAAUUUUAUGGGUGUUACAAAAGAGCUCGACGUGAUUGCAUCGCAUCCACUAGGUUCCACAUUUUAUGAUAUGAUUUGUACUCCGAUAACUAUUUUAUAUAUUAUCACACUUUGAUGGUUUUGGAA